AACGUUUGGAAGAGACGAGGAUUGGAUUUGAUAUCCAAAUCAUAUCAAUAUUUAGAUAAAUAUGUGGCGAGGAUAAGAACAUGCAAAACAAUAAGAGCCAUAAAACCAACGUCCCUACCUUAUACAUUAUUCAUGUUAUGUCGAAAGUGUAAUGGUAUAUAGGGAGGGAGAGCGACGCAUGCAACAUAAUAAAAUAUCUAUUUUCAUAACCAACUCGAUAUGGCUGCUCCACAAAAGAAAACAGGGCCUAUGGAGCGACUUUUGUAAUUAUAGAGAUCUUUUGUUUCCCAUAAACUGGUUAAAUGUUUUCAGAAACUAAAAUAAAAUGAGCUUGACACUAGAGUUUCUGCUACUUCUAAUUGUACUUGUCUUGAGUUACCAUGCUCAUUCUGGCUCUAUUGUCAAAUUUCUUCCUGGUUUUGAAGGCCCUCUUCCUUUUGAACUUGAAACCGGGUACAUUGGUAUUGGUGAGGAAGAGGAAGUGCAAUUGUUUUACUAUUUCAUCAAAUCUGAGAAGAAUCCAAAAGAAGACCCUCUUCUUCUCUGGUUAACUGGAGGGCCUGGAUGUUCCUCUCUCACUGGCCUUCUUUUUGAGAAUGGACCGGUGGCUUUGAAGUUUGAGGUUUACAAUGGAAGUGUUCCAUCUUUGGUGUCUACUACAUAUUCAUGGACAAAGAUGGCCAACAUAAUAUUCUUGGAUCAGCCAGUUGGAGCUGGCUUCUCCUAUUCAAGAACUCCACUUGUUCAUAAAAUUAGUGACACGGGUGAAGUUAAAAGGAUCUAUGAGUUUCUUCAAAAGUGGUUAAGCAAACAUCAACAAUUUUUUUCCAACCCUUUUUAUGUUGGCGGAGAUUCUUAUUCCGGUAUGGUUGUUCCCGCCCUAGUUCAAGAAAUUGCAAAAGGAAAUUAUCAAAUAAAUCUACAGGGUUAUAUCCUCGGAAACCCGAUAACAGAUACUGAAUCUGAACAAAACUAUCAGAUUCCAUAUGCUCAUGGAAUGACAUUAAUCUCUGAUGAACUAUACGAGUCAAUGAAGAGAAUCUGCAAAGAAAAUUAUGUGAAUGUGGAUGCACUUAACACAAAAUGCUAUAAACUCAUAAAAGAUUAUCAAAAGUGUAUUCAUAAACUGAAUAAGUAUCAUAUAUUAUUACCUGACUGCGAUAUAACAUCUCCUGAUUGCUUUUUAUAUAUGUAUUCUCUCAUGACCUUUUGGGCCAACGACAAGAGCGUUCGCGGAGCUCUGCAAGUCACUAAGGGAAGUAUAGGAGAAUGGGUGCAAUGUAACUAUAAAAAUAUUUCGUACAAUUACGACAUCAAGAGCAGCGUCGCAUACCAUAUGAAGAAUAGUAUUGAUGGCUACCGAUCUCUUAUCUACAAUGGUGACCAUGAUAUGAUGGUGCCUUUCCUUGCAACUCAAGCCUGGAUAAGUUCUCUCAAUUAUUCCAUCACUGAUGAUUGGAGGCCUUGGAUGAUAAACGAUCAAAUCGCUGGAUACACAAGAACUUAUUCCAAUAAAAUGACAUUUGCUACUAUCAAGGGAAGUGGACAUACGGCAGAGUAUAAACCAAACGAGACUUCUAUCAUGUUCAAAAGAUGGAUCAGUCGCCAGCCUUUAUAAUAGAGGAUCAUGGCCUUUACGUGUGAAGAAUUAAAAAAAUGUAAAAUGAAAUGUUUUGUCAAUUUUUAUUAAGAUUGAUAUGUCUUUCUUUCAUGUCUCCCCUUUUCCUUUUAAAAACUAGUUCGCAGUUCAAACUCCUCCUCGAUCUUCGAUUACAUUUUAAAUGAAAGGACAAAUUUUAUUUUUA